AGUUCCAGGCAGACCGUGAAACUGAGAGCUUGGUGCGCGAUUGUCGUUAAGUUGUGAUCUGCGCGUGUUUCUGAUUUGCGACUGUGAAAGUGACCGAUGAGUUUUCACGGAGAAUAUUUUCCCGGAAAAGGAUAUAUGGACAUUGUUUGAGGUGGCGGCUGUGGAUUUUAGUUUAUUUAUUAUCUUUUGAGAAUUUAGAGUGAUUUUUUUGUGAUAUGGUUAUUUUGGGUAGAAGUUUAGUUCAACGAUAAACCUGAUUGAUGACUGAUUUUUACAUGGUGCUGGAACCUAGUAUGUUUCUAACCAGCGACCUGGACACGUUCCUGUGUAAGCAGGACUGGGAGCGACCGCUGGAUGAAGAGUUGGAGAAGCCACGGCGGGAUUCUGUACCUCAAAUCGAUGAUUUCUUCGAAGCCACACACCACAAUAAUAACAACAAUACUCCAAAUAACAACACUAGGCAUCAGGCGAUGAGUUACGUGUCCAUGAGGUCACUUCCAGGGGCAGACGAUGACGCUUUUUUACGACCGCCAGCGCUCUGGGAGGACAUUGCUAGCAGCAUACAAAACAUCGACCCAGAAAAUGCUAACAUGUUGGGAGUUAGUCCAGGACAUGUCAAAUUAGAAGCGGUCGAUGAUUUGACAGUAAGUUGCGGCGCCACCGCGCCGAGUCCGCUUCUGUCUCCUUUAGAAAUUAAAACAGAAAAGGUCCUCCAACAGUCCUGCCCAACGUUACAUCUACUCGGAACCCCCACCAGUCCGUACACGCAACCCCAACCGACUAGCCCCCAACAUCAUCCUCCCCACUAUCACCCCCAACAAGCGAUGCACCACCCCCAUAAUAACAACAACAACCAAUACAAAUACAACAAUGUGACAGGGGCGCAAGCAGGGCCUGCUCCAGGCAACGCGCUCUAUCCCAUGCCCUCUAGACUUAUGUAUGUGUCCCCCUUGACGCCUCCAAGUUCAGAGCCCGGUUCACCAGGGGGGGCGUUGCCGCGCAGGACGCCUCCGCCCCCCUAUCCCGCCCCCGGAUGUCCGCAACAGACGCCGGCUGCCGCAGUGCCGCGGAUAAGUGGCGUCAAGUACAAUAGGAGAAAUAAUCCAGAAUUGGAGAAGAGAAGGAUACACCAUUGUGAUUUUAUAGGUUGUACGAAGGUUUAUACAAAAAGCUCACAUCUAAAAGCGCAUCAGAGAAUACAUACAGGAGAAAAGCCUUAUCAAUGCCAGUGGCCCGAAUGCGAAUGGCGAUUCGCACGAUCAGAUGAGUUGACCCGUCAUUAUCGCAAGCACACGGGCGCCAAACCAUUCAAAUGCGGUGUCUGUGAAAGGUCGUUUGCUCGAAGCGAUCAUCUAGCGCUACAUAUGAAACGCCAUCUACCGAAAACGGCCAAAUGAACAAAUUUCUGCCACUUUUAACGAUUAUUUUUUUAUAUAUUUUAUUUAUGUCACAUCACACGAGCACAUUCCUUUAUUUAUGAUUCGAUUAGAAACUCAAGAUGGGCUUUGGAGAACCCAAAAAGGACGCAAACGAUAUCAACAUGAUUAUAUAAAUCAAGUUUCUUAUGAGACGAUAUUUAACUGUUGACGUUGAUUUUUUGUUUGAUAUUUAUAGAACAUUUAAGUCGGAUGGAUCACAGAAAUAAUUUUUACCAAGUUCAAAAAAAGAUAUUUUAAAUCGAAAUUAUCAAUGUCGAAACUUUCAACUAAACAACUAACAUGUAAAAAGUGUUAUAUUCGGCAACAGAAAGCAUUUUUCACAAACCAGCUUCUGUGAUUCAAGAAUACAUAAAAAUCAGUUUUUAAACCUAUUAGGAAAACUUCCUAAUAUUAUCGAACACUCAAAGAUUACCUAGAUCCCUAUUUAUAUUUGUUUUGUAUAUUUCCUCUUGGCAGGGACUACAUAUAUUUUGGUUUCAAAAUAGAAAACCGCUUUCGAAAUAAAAAAUUGUAAUUACAUAUAUAAUAACUUUUCACUUGCCACACUGAGGGGAGCUAUCACUUGUGAUUAAAAAUUAAAUCGACCAACUAUAUAAGCAGAUAUUUAAAGAGGUCUCAGCGGAUUUAUUUUUUACAUCUGAAAAGGAUUUGUAUUUGAGUAACUGUUUAUGAAUUUUUCAAUGGCUUUUUCCAGCCGUCUGUGAAUCUUUAAGUACAUAAAAGGCCCUAAGCAACGGCCUAGCUUAAGCCUCACACUCUUGAAGAAUUACAUGUAAGUGUAGAGAAACGUUGGGAACAUAAAACUCUUAAAUGAUUCACUCAAGUAAAUGGCUAAAAUUUGAAACUUGUUACAUUUGAUUAUGGCCAUGGAAGUCGAAAACUUACAUCCUAUGUAACAUAAAAUCGUGUACACAUUGAGUAUGAUUUUCGUGAAAAUUAAGCUUUACCAAUUUAUGAUUUUUAUUAGAUUUGAUUUAAAAAUUGUUUGUUUGCUCAAAUAUAUAAAAUAAUUUAAUAAAAAGAAUAAAGGGAGAAAAACGUACUUACACUAAAUACUCAUUGCUGAGAUAAGUUCUUCUUACCUACUAGUAUAACCUACCUGCCCAAUCCAUUUAACAAAUGAUUCAGAUUUAAGUAAGAACUGUCAGUUAAUUAAAAAUCUAUAAUUUCGUAAUCUGAAUAAUGUCCUUGGGUCUCUACAGCGUUAUUGAGUAAGAACGAUCUCAACGUUUUAAAAACGUUAUAAUUUUUAAUAACAUUUGUUAAAGAAAAAGUUGUACCUCAUAUCAAUCUCGCUAUUUGCCUUUUUAACAACUUGUGGCCUUUUCCAGUGUACUUAGAAAGAUGUUUUAUCAAUAUUAAAGUAUUUAUAACUUAGUAGAACUGUCUAACAACGAAAAAUUAUCGUUUUAAAAAAGUUUCUAUCGAAACAUGGCUUUACUAACAGUAUGCUUUGUAAAAUAAAAGUUAUAUAUAUAUUAAGGUAGAUGAAGUCUUAUAGAAGACCUUUAACUUAUCUCUGAAAAUAAGUAAUUAGCUGAAAAUAAGUAACAUUUUUGUGUAUAUUUUGUUAAGUCAAAACGAGAGCACUCAUCAAUUAUUAUUCGUUAUUCACGGUACAUAUUUCAUUAAUUUUUUUAUGAAGAGAGAUUUAAAAUUGCCUGUUAAUAUAAUAAAAUACUUGGUAAAAAGGUCAAGGAGACAAUUAACCAGUUUUGUUUUUUUUUUGUAUAAAUAUUUUCAAUGACUCAAUAACUUUCUGAACGUGUUACUUGACAAUAGUUAUUAUAUACUUCUAUAAAACCCAUUCCAAACAGUCUUUUAAAGAAUUUUAAAAUUUGAUACUUCAAGUAUUUUUCAUUUAUCGUGUAUGUUCGUAAAUUUUUAUAUAUUUUUUUGGCUGUAUCCCAAUUAGUAAAGUUGGCCUAUUUUCACCUUAUUAAACAGUUCGUUUUCUUUAUUCUGUGAUGUAUUUUCCAGUGACAAAAAAAUUUCGUAUGUCGGAAAGGAUUGUAAAACUGUAUAUCCAAAACUGUAAAUAAAAAAUAUUUACUCAAAACGUAGUAGACUCAAAACAAAUUUACUUACAUUUUUGCGCUCUACGUUAUUAAAAAAAAAAGGUUAAAACAGUACUAAGAUAGCACGCCAUAGUAACUGGAUAAGAAAAAUUUGCAGUAUCCUUCAUUACGCUCUCUAUUUAUUUUCAAUUAUACCUAUCGCUUUAAUAAAAAUGUGUUCAUUGUUUUUGAGCUUAAUUUAUCCAUAGGUGCUAUCUAACUAGAUAUAAAAUGUAAAUGAUACCCUCAGUAUGGCCCUUCAUCUAACAAUCCGUCCAUUUGUAGUUCUAUAAUUGAUUUAAAGUUGGUUGAUAGUACAAAGGGGACGAUAUAUGUAUACAUAUCCCAACAAUUUUGUUGUUGGACAGUUUCUUAAUAUAAGAAUAUGUGAUUUUCUUCGAGAUAUUCCAUAUUUACAGUGUGAUAUUUUAUUCUGUAGCAGCUUUAAAAGAAAAUACACAAAUAUCAGACUGUAAAUUCUGACAUUUUUAUUUAGAAAUAUAACAGUGUUCAAAAUAGUUAAUGGAACAUUUUGAAAUUCAAAUUCAGUGAGUAGUAUAUCCAGCAAAAUGCAGAAACAAUACUAAUUUUGCUAUACGCAUAAAAUUAAAAAUAUCGAUAUUGAUAAAAAGACGCAUAUUGUUUUAGAAAACUAGAGAUUUAGAUAUUCUUAAAUGCAUUUUUUAUUUAACGUCAUUCGUAAAAUAUGCACACUUCUCACGUUGCAAAAAAAAAACACAAGUGCAGAUCAGGAAAAAAAGUUAUUGACUAUUAAAUAUAAAAUGCUAAGUAAAUAUCAAUGACUUAACUAAAAUAAAAACUUGAUUUACUUUUUGUCACUAACAAUUUUCCGUUCCCUUUUUUGUCAUUAAUUAUUGGUGUUUAUGUAAGUGACUACAGUACAGUGUGUGGGGCCGGUAUUUCAAGCCAGCAUUUACGAGAACUAGAAGCACUAACAAACUUAUUACAGAAUUCCCAAUCAAGCGGACUAUCAAGUGAAAACGCUUAAAUGAAUGUUUGCUGAAACUCUUUGCAAUGAACUAAAACUUUGUUUAAUUCGUUUAAUUCGAUUUGUUUAAUCGCUCAUAGAAAUAAUACCAGAAAAAAGAUAGAUAUAAUAUUGGUAAUAAUAUUCAACAAAAUUCAACAAAAUUGUCAAAGGAAGAAAGACGUCAAAGAACGGGUUUUAGAUGAAUACAAAAAAAUCGUUGAUUAAAUAUCAAUGACAGUGGUACAUACAAACAAAUGAAUCUCUUUUUCGAGCGGCAGUCAAUCAAGUGAGGACCGUCAAUAUGAUAUAACUAGGCUAUGAGGAUACAGCAAUCCAAGAAGAACAAUGUGAAUUUUUAUCAUAAUCAGGGAGAUAUUACAAUCAAUUAAAAUAUAUAUCUACCUUAGGGAUUUUAAACUGCAACACUCCAAGACAGAGUUAUAAGACACACCAUGCCCCCUUUUAUUUUUUAUUUGCGUUAAGUUAGUAGUGAUCUGACAGUAAAAUGUCAUUUGUGGUAAAUGUUAUUAUGUGCUUAUCAAACAUGUUCCUUUAAUUAUUUUAACUAAUGUAGUUAUGGUUUUUACUUUUGUAAAAAGAGAAAGAAUUAAUGAUUUUGGUUGUGAAAUAUUUGUUAUUGGUGCCCGUUUCAUUUGAAAGGUAUGCACCUUUGUAAUUAUUUUUAUUCGUGCUAUGUACAUUAUUCAUUUAUGUAUGUAUUUCUUUUACAUUGCCAUCGGUUUACCCACAUAUGUGAUUUUUUUAGAUGUUACUUUUGACAUAGAUACUAGGUAAGCCAUUUAAGUAAGGGUUAUAAAUGUUUUUGGUUAGAUAUAUACUUGUAUAGAGGGAAAGUUGUGUAUUUUCGUUGACAGUUUUGAUAUUUAUUAUGUAUUAUUAUACAUAAGAUAAUAGUAUAUUACUUUAUGAGGCGGAGAAGCAUGACUUUCAAUCACAUCACAUUUCAAUAUAAUGCUCAAAAAAUUUUAAACCCUCAUGAUUCGCCAACAUCGGGAAUGAUUGCUGAAAGUUGUUCUCGACCAUCAGUAUCAUGAACAAUUACCAAUGCGUAUCAAGAGUCGGGAACAUUUUUGCACGGUUUCAAUUUUGAAAAAGCCUCAUUAACUAAUUGUGCUAAUAUUACUAUAAAUAAAAAUGAUGUUUAAUUGUUGUUAAUGACAUUUGUAUUGUUGCCUUGUGACAUGUUUCAUAUUGUUGCCAUGACAACAAUUUUCCCUCCGCCGUAAAGAAAUGGGAAAAAACUGCUGCCGGCGGAGACAUCAAACUUUGACACAAGAUCAAGUUAGAUAAGUAAUGUCAUCAUUAUUUGACGUUUGAAGAAAAACUUGUUUACAUCAUUCUUCUUUAUAGACAUUUUUUUUAUACUUUAGUCUUGGCUGGAUGACACCAUUAUAUAAUUUUUUGAUACAAAACUAAUGUAGCCAAUAAUGUUAAAUACCUGUGACGAUAAAAAUAAGAGUUCGCAUUUAAAUUUUAAAACCAAACAAUAAACAUCCAAGAAGUAUCAAAUAGUUAAAACAUUAAUUAAUUGAUAUAAACACUUCUCUAGAAAAAUAAUUUAAAUUUGAAACUUAAGCGGCUUACCAUGUAUUAAACUGGCACACAUUUUGGCUUCGAUUGUUGUCUCUUUUACCCAAAAAAUGAAAGCCAAAUUGAUGUCGUUCAUUCCUUGGUUAACUUAUAAGUAAACUAAACAUGUAUUUUUUGCAAAUUGUUAUAAAUAGAAAGGGAGUAAUUAAAGAAGAUAUUGCAUUUGAAAACUGACUGCAUUAAUUUAAUCGUUAGACGUUGAUAUUUUGGAAAGAAAAUAUGCUUUUUAUACACAUAUUUCAUGUUUUUAUGUUUCUAUAGAUUUUUAAACAAAAGUGCUAUUUGAAUAAGAUGUAAUUUUGGUUGUUUUCCUUAUCUCGAAAUUUUGGAGAGAGUAAUUGUCUAAUCUACCACUCCUUUUCUCAGCGACAUAUAUUGUCUACCAAGGAUUAUCCCAAGCCUUCUUUAACUUUUCAAUGUAAAUAUAUAAAUAUGGCAUAGGUAGCCGUUGUUUUUGGUCUAUUUUUUCUACCAUAGCUUGUUUAUGUUUAAGUUUGUUCAUUUUUUGAAAACUCAUUUAAAAUAUGAUCUAAUCGAAAUAUUCUAGAUUACCCUAUCGUAAUAUUCGAUUUUGUUCGAAUUCAUCACUCGAAAAUAUUGUUUUUAUAAAUAAACCACUGUGUAGCUAUGUAGAGGCAAAUAAAUGACUUUUUUCUUUCUUAUUUAUGAGCCCUAAAAACUAUAUAAUACACAAACAAAAUACACGCAAAAUCCAGAUAGUUGACAGUUUAUUUUUUAAUCAUAUUUUUUAACGUAUUACUAUGUAAUUAGAUAAUUAUUAUUAAUAUAUAUUCAAUCAUCAAUACAACACAAAAUAUACUUGCUCUAACAUAACUACUUAAUAAUACAGAAUGUUGGGAAGGAAAUUCGGUUGGGAAUUUACUCGACUAAAGGUCUGCACUAUUCAGAGGUAAAUUCAUUGCAAAUCGGCUCCAUUUUGAAGAAAAGACAUGAAAAUAUAAAACAAGAAAAGACUGUGGUUUCCAAACCAGUUGUUUGUGGUUCUGGCCGUAUGACAGGUCACUUCGCCCUGCUAAAAAAUAUAAUUUCCGUCAGUAUUUAAUUUCACAAUACUUGGUAGGAUACUAUUUUGAGGUAUUUGUUGAUAUUUCACAGCCUUUACGGUUCCUCAAUAAAUUAAAAACAUCCUAACCCUGAAACUGUCAUUACACAGUCUUUGUGAAAAGCCUAAUACUUAAUGCGAAUAACUUGUUUGCGUUAAUUAUCAACACCUACGUUGAAUUUUGAUUCUUUAUUAAAAAUUACUCGAGGCGAAUCGUCUACCGACCAAGAAAGAUUAGAUGUUGCUCAAAUAAAUCUUAAUUGCUUUUGUUUUGCUGUUAACAGUGGUUUUUUCUUUGCCUAGUAAAAAUAUAUUAAAAAAUAAUAAACUACGGGUACCCUUUUAAGAUGUUACCUGUAAUUCAAAUUUAUAACAUUUUAAUCCGGAUUUACGUGUCUACUUGCGACAGAAUUUUCUUGGCAUAUUUUAAUCCAGUUUCAUGAUUCCCUUCAGCUGUAUCUUGCCUAAGAGUAUACCUAAGAUACCUACUUCAUGUUUCCUCAUAAUAUUUAAUUUUCUUCCAAACUCUAGUUUUAGGAAUAUUAAUUUUAUCCGCCACUUUUGAAGGAUUGUUUUAUUUUCGGAAAAAUAUUUUAAUCACCAACUCAGGAAUUUUCUUAUUUGUACGGUGAAGAUACCAGCCACCAUAUUAUUGAAAUAAUACAGCAAUUUAUUCGAUUACAAUAAAUUAUUUCUAGAAUUUGAGACAGUACUUGGGACAUAUAAUGGGAAAUCAUGGCAGAUAUGAGCUACUUCAAUGCAUUUUGCAAGGUAAAAUUUAAGGAAAGAGGAAUGAAUACGAAAAAGAAUAGGAUGAAGAAGGCUUGCUAACCUGAGAGUAUGGUAUAGAAAUACCUUAACACAGCUAUUACGUAUAGCAACCACCACAGUCAUCAUAGCCAGAAUGAACGCUAACGUUCGGAACAGACAGGCUCGCUAAGAAGAAGAUUUGUAGAAUAUAAUUUGACGUUUGUUAGAGUGUCUAUUUGUCUUAUUUUGUAUGAUGUUUAGAAGUUUCUUCAUAAUGCCCCAUUAUUUAGUUGUCACUAAUUUUUACAUUUUGAUGGGCCCUAUGACAUUAAGUUAUAUGAGUUGUAUAAAACAAUAUUCAUUACAUUUUGUGACUAUAUAUUCUUUAAAAUCUUAUUGAUUUAGCAUUAUUAUAACUUAAAAAAAAAUAUUACAUUAACAUUCAAACACCUAAAUUUGUUAUAUAUUUUAAUUUGUCCCAUUAUAUAAUUUUUAGGGCCCCUAUGAUUAUUUUGUUAAUAUUGGUAAUCUACACUUCUAUUUCUGAGUAAAAUAACGAAAUUUGUUCUGUAGAAUCCUAUGUGUUAAAAAACCUUUUUUGGAAAGUUCUUCAUAAGUUUAUUGAAUUAUUCUACUACUUAAUUGUUAACCUGAUGCACAUAUCGUAGUAACAUCCAGUAACGUUUUUGUGGUCCCUAUGUUAUGUCGGUUUUCUGUCAAUCUUUUAUAUUCUGUAUGUGUAGUGCAUCUGAUUUCAACCGAUGUCUCGACAGCUCUUCCUUUCAAGUUAUUACAGGUUUUUAGUAGAUAUGCAUGAACGGUAAUGAAUAAUGAAUGUGAGUAACGCCAUCGCUUGAUAUCGUCUUUAGAUGCAAUUCUAUUACAUGCAUAUUGUUUCUGUGUAGUUUAGUUGUUGGUGUAACGUUUUACAGCUUGGUAGGUACACCCGAUACGGGAGAUAAAUAGCCAUUUUACAGAGACACUCAUCUGUACCUUUUUUUUUCAGAUUUUUUUUUAUAUUAUAAACUUAAAUAAUGAGGGUGACACAAGCUUUUCUGUACAUCCUUCUAAUAAAAGGUAAUCAUGAAUAAGCACUAUUUUUCAUCUCGAUUUUCCAAAAUAUCAAAAUCGCACCAAAUCAUACAUUUAAAACAACUUACUUGUUACUGUAACCUGCCAGUUUUUAAAGUGUACAAGCCCAUACCAAUAAUUCUUGUACUCUUAUCAUAUACGAAGUGUUCGGUAUAUGAAAGUUACCAAAUAUGUACACUGAAUUUUAACUUUUUGUACAUAAAAGCAAAAAACUGACUAGAUCCUAGUCCAGUAAUUCUGAUAUUUGUAAUUACGUGUAAGUUUAAAACUGCUAUGCAUAUCUAGUGUAUUUAUAUUCUUUAUCGUAAGUAUUAUAUAUAGAAAACUACCAACUUUCGGAAUAGAUUUAUGCAGUUUAUUCAUAUUGGGACAUAGCACAACAGAGAUAUUCUGCUUUAUGUUUUUUUUAUAGCAAGAUAGACCCUCUAUCCUAUGUUCAUUAACAACUGUCAUUAUACAAAUGUGUGUUCGUCAAAUAAGGCAAGAAAUAUUAUCUUUUAACUUUUUACAUUUCAUAAAAUGUAAUUGGAUUAUAAGAUAAUGUCUUAUAGGUUAAACAAAACUGCAUAAGACAUUUCCUAACAGUUGUAGAGAGCGGACGUAAAUUUUCUAUUAACAUUAAUUUGAACUUUAUUUUCUAUUUAAAUGAAUAUAGAGCAAGCUAGAGUACACAUAAAUGUAGUUAAACAUUGUUUUUAUUUUUUAAUUUUGUAUAAUUUUCUUUUUAAUACAAGUUUAUUUUUACC